ACCAAUUAUCUCGCGAGAAGAAGGGUCCUCACAAGACUCAAACUUCCUCCCCUUAACGCCGAGGUUCUGUAAACUAAAUUCCGGGGUGCAGCAGGAGUUCUGUGGCGCCGCCUCUAAUCCCUCAGAAGUAAAUCCCUAUUCCCCUCCGAGAGCCAGGCCUUCGACCGCUAUGGAAGGACACCAAGGGCAAGGAAGCCAUGCUACCCUAGCACUCGCCCAGGCUCAUUUUGACAAGGGCGAGUACGCGGAGGCCGAGGCGCUGUACUCCGCUUAUAUUCGCCAGGGCGCUUGUGCAGCCCCCAACGGCCCGCGUUCGGGGAGAUCAAACCCAGGACCUUGCACAUGCAAAUGCAUCCCUGAGGAUUUGGCUACUGCGUAUAACAACAGAGGGCAAAUCAAGUACUUGAGGGUUGAUUUUUUUGAAGCCAUGGAUGACUACACAUCUGCCAUAGAAGUUCAACCCAAUUUUGAAGUUCCAUAUUACAACAGAGGGUUGAUACUGUAUAGGCUGGGAUAUUUUGAUGAUGCUUUGAAAGAUUUCAAGAAAGUACUAGACUUAAAUCCUGGAUUUCAAGAUGCUAUUUUGAGCUUAAAACAGACUAUUUUAGACAAAGAAGAAAAACAAAGAAGAAAUACUGAAAAAAAUUAUUGAAAUUUUUAACUCAGUUGAAAUGUUAAUUCAUGAUCUUUACAUCUGCGUCUAGGGGCUCUAAUUUAGAAUAGCUACUUUGAUUUAUAUUUAAGAUAAAAAGAUUCAUGCAUUGGUACUGAGAGUUCAUGUAUUUAAAGUUGUUAAUUUCAGGUUGAGAAACUGUUGAAUGUAAAUACGUAAUAUUAAUGUAUAAUUGCAUAUAAUUAUAGUAAAAUAUUUAAAGAAAUGUAUGGUAUUUUCUUCAGUGGAACAUUUUAAUUUUUAAAUUCCCAACUUAUAAUUAAAAAUUUUUCAUCUGUAGAACAGUUGUAAGUAUAAUACAGUCAACACCUAUAAGCUCUUCACUUGGAUUCAUUAGUUGUUAACAUUGUGCCACAUUUGUUUCUCCUCUAUGUCUAAAAUUAAUACAUUUUGCUGAACCACUUCAUAAUAAGAUAAACAUCGCAAUACUUCACCCCUAAGUGUUUCAGCCUGUCCCUUCCAAGAAUAAAAAGCAUCCUUGUUAUAACCACAAUAUUAUUAUAAUACCUAAUAUGAAUUAAAGUGUCACAAAGCCCUCCAUAUCCAGUCCAAAUUAGAUUUACCAAAUUAUUCCCAAAAUGUGUAGAUUUUUAUUUCGGAGUCUAUAACCAAUCAGGUUUCAUUGCAUUGUGUUAUGUCUCUGAUUUCUUUUAAUCUAGAAUCAUUCAUCCCCUGCUCAUUUUUUCCCCAUUCCACUUGCUUUGAGAGUAAAGCUGUUUUAUGUGACCAGGAUACACAGACAUUUUGGGCUUAAAAAUAAAGAUAUGUCCUGCAGGAGAGCAGUUUGAAAGAACUCAACUUAUACUUAGUUUUCUCUAGAAAUCAUUGAUAAGACAUUAGAAUUUUAAAUAUUGCACAUACUUUUCUGUCUCUGGAUAAUGACCAUAAUUAUUGUCAUCAACUUUUACUGAAUACUUACUAUAUAAAUAGCACUGUUCAAAUUAAUGAUUUUGCAGGUGGGGUGGGGUGGAUAGAGAGGUAAGGAUUUGACAGAAACACAUGGUAAAUGUAAAGCUUUGAAAGUUCCAUUUUAUCAUGUGCUGCCAACAAGAGAUUGGGCUCUGAUGAGACUCAAGAACUGGGAUGAGCUUGAAGGGAAAACAAGCCAAAGCCAGCACGUCCCAUCUAUAGUGGAAUAUUUUUAUUGUUGUGGUUUGGCUUUCAAAGAUACAGACCCUCAUCUUGAGAUCUACCAAACUAGUUGAUUGCUGCUGCAGGAAAGCUGUUCUGGAAUGGAAAUUACCCUCCUGGGGAGAAAGGAAAGUGUGUUUGCCUGUUGUCUCCAGAGGAAGGCGCAGCCAAGCUUCAGUGGCCUUUUGAGAUGCAAUAACCAUCAUCAGCCUUAAUAAUUUUCUUAAUUUUUAAGUAAAAGAGAUCUCACGGAGCAGACAAACUAAUUGUCUUGUUUGUAGUUCAUAAAUAAUAUCUGGCAUGACACAUGGAGAAUUUGGGCUGCAGGUGAAUGACUAUGAAGAGGAAAUUAAGUUAGAUGGCCAGAAAUAAAGUCUAUAUUCUGGAAUUAGUCACAUUUUCCAAUUUGAUUUAUCUUUUCGUUUGUUGGAAAGUCUUUAAAAGAACUUAUAAAGUUGCAUGAAGACAGAAAAAUCCCUUUUAAGAAAACUUUUUUUUUUUUUUUUUUUUAAAAAGCAAAGUCUCUAGACCUUGGGAGAGCUUAAAGCUAUUCCGUUCAAGAGAAUCAAAUACUUAAAUGCCACUUAUAUAACUUGGCUUAUAURCUCUUUACUUUACUCUUGCCUCGGAUCAGAUAUAAUAUGAAAAAGAAAAAUUGUUUAAAAAAUUUCAUUUGGUUGUCUGGAUUUUAUUGUUCAAAGUUUCUUCAUCCUUUUAAAGGAAAAAUAUCAGUGAAGUUCAGAAUCAGCACUACCUUAUUGGGAAUGGAUGGACUUAUUUUUUUUCUUGUUACUGGAAAUAACAAGGGAAUAAUACAUUUACCUCAUUUAUGGUCUUCAAAAUGAGGCAUUAUACAUUUGGGUUCUAAUUUUUGGUUGCCUAAAUAAUACCUUUGAUAUUUACCUUAAAGAUACUCUUAUGUUCAUUAUUGUUCCCAUACUUCAGAAUUUGUUCAGUUCUUUUCAUUUUCUUACUAGAAAAGUGCCUAAAUUGAAUUGUUCCAUUUUUUCCCUCUACAAAAACAAAGUAGAAGAGAAUUAUAGUUUGUUAUAAGAAUUGUCUUUCUCAAAAUACAGUAAAAUAGAAUAAAUGGACUUAUGUUACUUUUGAGAUUACAAAGUUAUUCUUAGCACUAAUUGAGAAGCAUGAAGCUAUUUGUCUUUUUCGGAAGUCUGGAACUGAACAAAACCCUGGACUGAUUUUACGAUAGCAAACUAUGGUACAGCUGGUGAAAGCAAGCUUAAAUUUCCAAGUCAGCUUUUAGUCAUCAUCAGAUUAUUCUUUUCUGAAUCUAUGUUGGGUUUCUGUCUUUUACUAGCUUCUCUAUCCUAAACAUAGGCUUGGCCCUCUGCCAUUUUGUAGGUCAUAAGUCUUUCUCAGUGGGAAUAAUAUAAUUAUCCUCACCACUCAGGGCAAAUCAGUUCAGUAUAUAUUCUGGCCUCAACAGCCCAUCUCUGCUGAGUCUAGUCCCCUUAAAAAUUUAACGAGAAGUUUCAAAUAAUUAAACCUAUCUCUUGCUUAACAACUUCCAUUUGUCCCUGAAAAUGCUUUUUCUAACUGAAAAGCCAUUAAAUAAAAAAUAUUUGUAUUACUUUUAAUUGGAAAAAUUAUGAAUUCCAUUUUAUUCCAUAAUACUUUUCACAGGAAAACAAAUUGUUUCAACAAUGAAAACAAGUGUAACCAUUGGAAAGUGAGCAAUUUUCACAUAAACUGUUAUAACAUGAAUGUUUACUUUUUUAAAUGCAUUAAAAAAAGCCUUAUUGAGAUAGAAUUCAUCUAUUUGAAAUAUACAGUUAGAUGGUUUUAAAGUGUGUUCAGUUUCUGCACCAUUUAUUUUUCAAGCUUUUUGGGUUUCGUGCUCUUUCUGUAUGCAAACUAUACUUAAUAGUGUUAUAACACAGAAAAGCACCUUUAGGCAAAUUAAAGACCAAGCAUGGGUGUGCUUCAGAAACAUAAUAGCACAUGCUCAAAACAGAUCAAAGAUGCCAUUUCUGGUUUUGUCCAAAUAUGCAGCAUGAUCCUAAUUUGCUUCAUGUGAUAGUCUUUGGCUAGAAGCUGUGUUAAGGAAAUUAGUAGGUAUGUCUCUGCCUGCAGCUGUGGUGUUGAAUUUAUUUAGGGUGUUUGGGCUAAUAGACUGUUAUUUUUAAAAAACUGAUUGUUGACAUACAUGUGUUCUAACUUUUCAAGUGCCUAGUAAAAAGCAGACUGUGCUGUUGCUAUGUGAGCUAAGUGUGUAAUUUUAACUGCUUCUACAUAAAUUCAGAUUUUAACAUUUCCUAUAUUUCUCAAAAAUGUGACAGUAAAUUAGGGGAAGGGGAUUUCAAUCACAAAUGGCCAAAUGGCACUUGGUCGGGGGUUGAAGGGAGACUGAGAGACUUGUUGCAUUUCAUAUAUAAUGUUAGGAAACUUCAAAAGACCACAUUUUACUCUUUCUGAAAAGGAAAGGAAGAUGAUAAAUACAGUUUUUGGAAAAACUGUCAGGUUAAAAAACAGUUCAUAGGUAAAAACAAUAAUCCAUGUAGUAAAAGACAAUUUAAAAACCCUGUAAGGAAGUAAAAAAGCAGAAAUUAUGGGCUGUGAAUAUGUACAUAACCAUGGUAUAGCACUGUGGAUCAGCAUACAGUCAUGCGUGUAGCAGGGCAGAGAAGAAUGUCUUUUUUCACAGGGGAGGAAGCUGCAACUAAGAAAUUCAGUAACUUGCUCAGAGUCUGCCCCAAAUCCUUACAAAUAUCUGAAACUGCAGUUUGUACCAAUUUGAUAUUUUUGUUGUUGUUGCUGGGCAGGCAUCAACUCAAAGCAGAUAUAUAGACUUUUUGGGUCCUGAUAAAAAAUUUAAAUUGCUCACAAAAUGUUUUAAUACUUAUCAAGGUAAGUAUCCAAAUGAUGUUAAAAUAUAUUUCAUUUUUAUAAUGCAACAUUAUUGCAAUGCUAGAAUUCCUUGUUGGUCAUUUUUCUUUCUGAUUGAAAACAGACAUAAAGGAUGGUGAAAAGCAGAUUAAUAUUAUGAGCAAACUCCAUUUGGAAACUUUAAAACUGUGGCUGCCAGUAUGUAAAUUUGUAUCUUAUGUUAAGAAACAGCAUCCAACACUUAGAAAAAAGGCAAAAGGAGGAAUUGCAUGUUCUUUCGACAUCAUACUGAGCUGUCUAACAGACCCACCCGAGGACUGUUUAAUUCUACUCUUGACUGGGGGCCAGACUCUGAGGUUACAUGUAACUUGUCAAUUUUUGUUCAGAGGAGAUGCAAAUGAACUGUCUGGUAGAAAAGAUAACCCUAAAAGCUAUGGUUUUGUUGCCCUAAAGAAUGYUAACCAGUUUUUCAUCUAACCUGGCAACUUUAUUCCCAGUUCUUCAUUGCCCAUAAAUACUUAGCUUUUCAAAUGCUGUCUUAUCACCUGGGUGGUUCUUUCAUUAAUGAGUUAAAYAUUUAUCAUAUUUUCAUUCCGUGUUCUUUUAGGAGCCGUGCCUAACUUUUCAAAGUUUUAGCACUGUUAUUGAAAGAAAUAAACACCGUAAGGAGAGCUUAUUAUUAUGUCCUYAUUAUUUUUUAUCAGGUAUAAAAGUAAAGGGGGACUGAAAGUUUCUAUUUUUGUGUUGCCUGUUUCUUUAAAAUAUUCAAUCCUGUUUGGAUUGUGUGGAGAUUUAAUUGAGUUCUGGGUAAAGCAAAAUACAGGGAAGACCUUUAUCUUAAAUUAAAACACAUGUGAAAGUACUCCUUUAAGAAGUAGCAAAAGCUGCGGAAUAUAAUGCAAAAAGUGAAAGUUUCCCCAUUACUCCCUUUCUGACUCCCUUGGGUCACCAUGGUUCAUAUCUGCCCUUCCAGGCCUUUUUCUUUGUACAUAUACAUGGACACGUGUGCACACACAUGCAAAGGAUUAUGUUGUAUGUACCAUUAUUCGGUAACUUAAAUAAUUUAUCUUGGCCAUUAUUCCCCAUGAAGACAUAGAAAUCUACUUCAUUUUUCUUAGGCCUAUAAUUUUAAAAACCAUUUUAAAAAUGAUUGCCAAUUUUUUGUCAUAAAGUAUAUUUAUGGAUAUGGAAAUGACAAUUAAAACAGUCAAGGAGGUGUAAAUGAAGAAUUAAGACCCUGCCCCACGUUCCCCUCCAGAAGUAAUCACUUCUAACCAACACAGUGGGAAGCCAUGGGUUAAAAGCUCCUUUUCCGAUUCCUGCCAGUUACUUCUUUAAAAAUUACUUUUAGUUCUGUUCGCUACCUUAGUGACUGUUUUUUCUAGGCAAUUUUGACUACCAAGAAUACCUCUGAAUAUCUUCUUUUGGCAGUCUAUUGUUUUGAACCUAUUUCCACUUAAUUAUAGAGCUCUUUUAAAGUAGAGUUGAUGUGGCAAAAACUCACCUUAUCCCAAACYGAGCUUUCAGUCUUGGGCCUGUAGCUGAUGGCAUCUCUACUGCACCAGAUCUUCAGGCCUGACUUCAAUUUCAGUGUACCAGUAGCAGACCCAGAUUCCAGCAACUUCCAUCUCCUCAUCCCAGGAUAUGACUCUGUGCCUUACAAGUCUCCUGCUUUGCUUUCAUCUGAAAAGUAUAUUUCAACACAGUCACCAGAAUGAGGGGUAGAUCUCAGGCUAGUGCCCAGAAACUUUGCUCUUGCUGUUCCUGCCAUGCAUUGCUUGCCCCUUGGCCUUAUUCUGGCCCUCUUCUGACCACUCUGCUUAAAAUUGCAAAUCCCGAUCAUACUCAUGUCCCUGUACUUUUUUUCCAUCUACCCAUACCACGUUUUGUGUAUUUUGUCUGCCUGUUUUCUUCCCACUGGCAGGUAGGGCAGGGGUCUGUGUCUGCUUUGUACACUCCUAUA